AUGUCGAUUUUGCCGGAUGUUGAGCUGUUUGGUGGUUUGGUGAUUGGUGAUGGCGGCUCCGCAACAUUACCCUCUGGACCAUUCGGCGGACUGUCAUCCACUGACGAGAAAAAAGAGCUGUUAACGGCGUUCAAUGGUCGGGAAUACGUUUUCAAAGCAUUUUCCAUGAAGCAUACGAGUCGAGGUUUUUCUGAUUCCCAUGUGUUCUUGCUCUGUUUGUCAGUAGCAAGGCAAACAAGUGCAGAGGAAACAGUUCAACUGGCUGAUCGAAAACUCUGGCUGUGGUCUGUUGAAGUAUCUGCCUAUGCCUAUGAACAAGCGGAAUCGUAUGCAAAACGGAUUGGUGCUAGCAAAUACUUUGGUGUUACCAAUUAA